AAUUGCUAUCCACAAAGCAGAUUUACACUACAAAGCACUAUAAAUACUUGUUUAUCAAACGGCAUACACAAGGCUUAAUACUGGGAAAGUAUUUGAAUAGGACUUAUUUUGAACAACGCGAUAUUGGUCUCUUAUAAAAACACCAAGCAUACUUUUACAUGUAUACGGUACACACCGUGGUACAUAAGGGCUCAUAAGCUGAUCGAUGGAUGAAUCAAGCAGGGUUUUCUCGAUGAAGACUGACUCUUAAUGGUCAUAUAUACUUGUCAGGGUAACAUUGUCGGUGAAAUACAUAAAUAAGAUUUCUGUGAAAUAGAUAAGAAUUGUCAAACAGUUUGGAGCAAAGGGAUUGUUAACAGUGUUAAUAAUGAACAAUAUUAAGGAAAAUAUAACUGGUGCCUAAGGACUGCUGCGAGACUUAAUGGUUAAGUUAAUCAAUGCACAUAUGCUUUGAAUCGAAUCAGACAAAUGUAAAUAUACGCGAGUAAAUGUCCUUCAACUAAACAGCCAAACAGGAGUGUAAAAUACAACUGAUCAAAUCUUAGACAGGCUACAAUAUGAUGGUUAAUUUCAAUUUCAUGCUGAAGGAAAACUGAGAGACAGUAAUUGGAUAGUGGGUGUCGUAUAUAGUGCAGUGCUUGUUGAGAGGUGAAAUCAGAAUAAAUCAGAAAAUACCAUACUUCACAUGUUAGCCCUGCAGUGCAAUAAUUUACAAAGAUUGGCUAUUGAAAAUGAAGAAGGGUAAACCUGCUCUUGUUAAAAGACUUGCUAGUGAAGCAAGUUUUGAAUUUGACCCAUUUCAAGUAUUCGAAGUGAGGCAUCGAGCAUGUUCUCUCCUGUAUGUCACUGUAAAAUGUGGCCGCAACAUUUCGAAAGGGUCAUCCACAAAGGAUCUUAUGGAUACACCAGAUCCUUACGUACGGCUGCGUCUGCCCAACUCACCCGAUGGACGUAGGAAAACGAUGCACUACGACAAUGAGAUAAACCCUAAAUGGGAAGAGAGCUUUCGCUUCUAUUUGGACACUGACAAAAAUAAUACUCUUUACUUGGAUCUGAUGGAUGCCAAUGUCAUUUCUGAUGAAGUCAUCGAUACACAAGAAUUCAAACUCAACAAUUUAGAACCUGGUCGUGCUGAGCAUAUUACGUUUAAAUUUAAAGAGUCAUCAGAGGUGGAUGUCGAUUUGAAAUUGGUUUGA